AUGAAGAUUGUUUCUGGGGUUUUUUCUAGGUUUUUUCAGCGAUUUUUGCAUCUCAUUCUUUGGCUGGCAGGUCUUACCCUGAUAGGAUACUUUCAAUACUAUGCUACAACGGACAUCAAGCAGACGCAUCCUUCCAAAAUCUGUCAACCCAUCAAAAAUGUCAUGUUCCUCAAGACCCACAAAACAGCUAGCAGUACCAUACUCAACAUCCUCUGCCGCUUCUCAGAGAAACAUAACCUCACCAUGGCCCUACCCUUUGGGAAAAGGCCCCAUCUUGGUUAUCCUUAUCCCUUCCAAGCGUCAUAUGUUGAGGAAUUCAAAAGGCUGGGAAAUAAGUUCAACAUCAUGGGCAAUCAUCUGAAGUUUAAUUUGCACGAGGUCAGAAGAAUAAUGCCAAAUAAUACCUUUUAUUUUUCUAUCCUGAGACACCCAGCAUCAUUGUUUGAAUCAUCUUAUGUCUACUACAAAAAUGUUGCACCAGCAUUUAAAAAAUCCAAGAACGUUAAUGAAUUUCUAUCAUCUCCUUCAUCAUACUACAAUAUGGCUGAAAAUGAUAAUAUGUAUGCUAAGAACCACAUGUGGUUUGAUUUUGGGUAUAACAACAAUGCAAAAUACGAUGAGCAUUAUAUCCAGUCUGUCUUCCAUAACAUAGAAGAGAUUUUUCACUUGAUACUGAUUGCUGAUUUUUUUGAUGAGUCAAUGAUCCUUCUGAAGGAUUUUUUGUGUUGGGAUCUAGAUGAUGUGAUUUAUUUCAAGAUGAAUGCCAGGAGCCAACAUAGCAUUCAGACUCUGAAGCCAGAGAAUAAGGAGAAAGUGAAAGAGUGGUGUGCUUUAGAUUGGGAACUUUAUAAACAUUUCAAUAAAUCAUUUUGGAUGAAAAUUCAGGAAAGAAUGGACCUCAAAACCCUGUACAAGGAAGUUGAUCUGUUGCAGAAGAGACAAAGUGAACUGAUGGAGUCAUGCCUCUUAGAGGAAACUGCAAUUGAUCACAAUCAAAUUAAAAAUAAGAAUAUGAAGCCUUUUCAAUCAGGAAAUGCUCGUAUCAUGGGUUACAAUCUCAAACAAGAUUUAGACAAUACGACCCUGAACAUCUGUAAAAAGAUGAUCAUGCCAGAACUUCAAUAUACAGCCCAUCUAUACAAUUCACAGUUCCCAUAUAAGAGAAAAAAUGGUAGAUGA